AUGAAGAGCGUGAUCGACGCAAACGGGAAUCAGAGGUGGAAAGACAUCAACGAGAAAGAAGACACGGAGAAAAUACGAGUCUACUUUCCGAAUAUCAUCAGCGAGUUUUGUCGCAGUCACGGAUUCAAUUACACAUCCCCUUCAAAAAUUACACCCGUACCUCAAGUCUCAAAUAACCCUUUUUUUCGGCAGAUAUUGGGAUCACCAUUGGGUAUCCAGGCACUCUUAUAUUGCAUUAAGUAUGGACUGACGUUGGUGGUGCCAUUAAACCCCCCCGAACUGUCUAUUGAGUUUUUGUCAACACAUAUGAUUGUGAGAAAACAGGGGGGAAAGGACUUUGUGUCGCUCAAUGGGAUAUAUGGGACAAUAGAGUCUGAGGGAUUGUCACCGUAUACAGAACAAUUGAUUCCAUUUCCUACCGUUAUUCACCCUGAAAUUUUGAGCGACAGAGAGUCGUUCAAUUUGCUCAGAAAAAGCUCAAAGAAUUUCAGAAGUGAUGGGGGAUCGUCGUUCAUUGAAGGGUCGAUUUUCGAAAUACCCUUUGGGAACAUCCCGAUCUUGUUCAUAUCACAGACACUCAGAUUUGAAGGAUGCAUGUGGGGAUUCAUUAACGAAAAUGUUCAAAACGAAUGGAAGGUGAAGACGUACUGUCCUUUGUGUAUUCCCGAAAUUGAUGUGAAUGUCUCCAACGAAGAAACUAUCCAGCGAGUCACACGCACUUAUUCGAGAAAUUCAGUGAAGAUCCCAAAAGACUUGACGUCACGUAAAAAAGCGGAAGAGCGCGAGAAAGAGCGACUUAAGAAGAUCUUCCAAACGGAGAAUUUAGUGUGGAUCUAUUCCAAUGUCGAAGAGGAACAAGGCGAAUUAGAAAGUUCCGUAUCACAAGCGAUGAGUGACCCUGUGAUGGUCCAAUACAUCUCCGCGACUAAGUCGCAAUUUCCGGAGUUAGUUAAAGGAAAGAGUUGUGAAGAGCGAGCCAAAUUAUUGAAGCGAGUAGUUAACCAAAUGGUUAACAAACUCCCACAAAGUUUCAAAGACAAAAAUUAUGACAAUUUGGCAGUCAGAAAAGUCGUCGAGAACAUUACAACAUCCCUCUUGUUCGAGUUUAUAUGGCCACCAGCGUAUGGGGAUAGAAUAGACACUAAAGAGUUGGUUGAUGACAAUAAACUGUCAAACACAAUUGAAGAUCAUCAAUUCAUUCGAGCCGUCCAUCUCGACGUCGGAUUCUUAGACGAAGAAAUUGGACGGGUUGGGUCGAGACAAGUCAUCGGCAUUUUGAGGAAGAUGAACAACUUUAAGACCCCAUCACAGAAGUUGGUGCAGCUUGGAAACGCAUUUAAAGCACUUCAGGCACUCACAUUUUCAUUGUUACCCCCCGGUGACUCGGUGACUGCAGAUGUCCUCUUACCGUCAUUUAUAUACAUCGUGAUACGAGCUAAUUUACCACACUUGUCGAGUACCUACUCAUACUUGUCUGCGUUCUCUGAUCGGUGUGACCCUAACGGAGAGUACUCGUACUACUUGACUAACCUCUUUGGAGCAAUUUCGUUCUUGUUGCAAGUGACUGGGAAGCAGCUUACUAUUGAUGAAAAGAUCUACGAAGACGCCAUUCAAAAGAUCAAAGUCGAGAAGAAGGAAGUGGGGAAUCUGUUUGAUCAGAAGCGGGAGGAUGGGUACGCGAAGUUUGAGAGGAUGAAAGACAUCGAAACGCUGAACGAGUUGGACAAGGUGGAGUUGCUUAGAGAGUAUAAGGAACUUGUCAGGAAGAAUGAAGAACUGCGAAAGGAGUUGAACAUAAAAUAA